CUCGGACGCGUGAACGCGGAAAACCCGCAUGACGGGACCGAAACAGGGAGCGGAACCGAUGACAGAGGAACCGUCCACCCAGGAAACGGAGAGAAAAGGUCCUGAAGGUGAAGGAGUCCACGCGACCGCUUUAUUCUGUAACGGGUACCAGAACCUCCUGAGUCUGCAGCCUCACUGAUCACCGGGAUUUGAACCUGCAACCAUGGCCAACAGCCGUCUGGACCCGCCCAUCCUGACGGAGCAGGAGGAGCUACAAAGAAGAGCCAAUCAGGUCACAGAUGAGUCUCUGGAGAGCACGAGGAGGAUGGUCCAGAUGGUGGAGGAGAGUAAAGACGUGGGGAUCAGAACCGUCGUGAUGCUGGACGAGCAAGGAGAACAGCUGGAGCGGAUAGAGGAGGGUUUGGAUCAGAUCAACUCUGACAUGAAGGAGGCCGAGAAAAACCUGACCGACCUGGGAAAGUGCUGCGGCCUCUGCAGCUGCCAGAAAUUAAAAACGUCUCCUGGUCCAAGUCUCCUCCUUUCAUUGAAGCUGAAGGCUUUUGAGGAGAGCGGCGCCUACAAGGCCGUUUGGGGCGGAGCCUCCAGCCAGGACGGCGUCGUGUCCAACCAGCCGCCUUCGUCCAGAGUCGUUGACGAGCGCGAGCAGAUGAUGAUGAGCGGCGGACACAUCCGCAGGGUGACCAACGACGCGCGCGAGGACGAGAUGGAGGACAACCUGGCCCACGUGGGCAGCAUCGUGGGUAACCUGAAGAGCAUGGCGCUGGACAUUGGCAACGAGCUGGACUCCCAGAAGGACCUGAUCGGCCGCGUGGGCGAGAAGGCUAAUCUCAACGUGUCUCGCAUCGAUGCGGCCAACCAGAAAGCCAACAACCUCAUGAAACGAUAGGAACCUGCUUCCUCCCUCCUUUUUCUACCAGUUUAAACUGUUCUAAUGUGCUGAUGUCAUUAGUCUUAGCGGUUAUAAUAUUUUAAAUUAUAACAUUCUCGUAGAUGGAAGUUCUGCCGUGUGUCUGACUGAGUGGGUCACUGCUUCCUCUGAUAGCAUCUCUGUAAUCACAUUUCUGUGAGACUUUUGACAGCUUUGGUGCCUGAAGACGGGUCAGUCUGCAGAACCGGUGUUCUGCCAAUUUCUGCUACCUGCCGAGAAAUGCUACUUUGUGGUUCUGCGCAUGCGCACAGUCGAUUUUCAAAGUUUGAUUGCUACGCUAAAUUGAUAAUAUAGGAUGUACACUACCCAUGACAUGAAUCGCAUUACACUUUGUGAACAUUAUACGAUAAAGAGGGGGAAAAAAACAAUUCUAUCGCUUUAUUUGAUAUUCAUUCAGUCAUUCGCCUUUACUUAAGAUCAUUAAGAACACAUUGUUAUUUACAAUGACAGCCUGGCAAGCGACAAGGACCACUUGGGGGAAAAGGAACUGGGCUUAAGGAGUAAAACACAUUAAAAAUGUAGCUCUAACAAGGUAGAAAACCAUAAGGGAGCAUUUUUUGGCAAAGCAGCAGAAAUUGGCAGAACACCGGGCCACAGGAAGCGUUCAUGACCCCUGUGUGAGAGCGAAGUGGAGGAGGAGGUGACAGAGGUGGAGACGGAGCGCCACGAAAGAGCGGCUCCGUGUAAUGUGACACGCAUCUUAAGCACAAAAGUCGUCUUUUUUCCUGUUAACGGGCCCAGAAACAAGAACUCCACCAGGGGGGGGACACCAGCUCCAACUGUGCAGGAAGCAAAUGUAAACAUCUCUGAGAUGAAUAAAUAAAUUAA